UGAUAUCAUAUGACGUCCUCCCAUUCUCACCGUGCAUGUGCGGCUUGGUCAUGUGAUCAGCUGUGUCCAAUCACAGCUGAUCACAUGGGACAUGUACACUGAUCAUCAGGGCACUGAUGAUCAGUAUGCCCUGAUGAUCAGUGUAGCCCCAGCAGUGCCACCUGUCAGUGUCCAUCAGUGCCUUGUGUCAGUGCUCAUCAGUGCCUCGUGCCAGUGCCCAUCAGUGCCACAUCAAUGCCACAUAUCAGUGCCUACCAGUGCACAUCAAUGCCACAUAUCAGUGCCCAUCUGAGCUGCCUUUCAGUGUCACCCAUCAGUGCUAGUCAGUGCCACCUAUCAAUGCCAAUCAGAGCCACCUAUCAGUGCUGCCAAUCAGUGCCACCUAUCAGUGCCAGUCAGUGCCACCUAUCAGUGCCAGUCAGUGUCGCCUAUCAGUGUGCAUCAGUGCCGCCUAUCAGUGCCUGUCAGUAGU